AAUUUAUUGUGUUUGAUCUUAGACGGUCCAAGAAUGAUCCACUAUCAAUCAGAGUUCAAUGGGACAAACCAUUAGAAGUCCCAGAUGGAUCAAAAACUCAAAUUUCUGAUUCUUCAUCAAUUAAUAUUAUAGAUGAGUUAUCACAGAAUAAAUUUAGCAUUGCAGGUAAAGAAGCAAUAACACAAGCUAAAAAAGAAAAUCGACUUGUAGAGUUUGCUGGAAAUUUUCCUUUACCACCUGAGUGUAAAAAAUUAUUGGCCAAUGGUGUAAUUGCUAAAAAUAGUGAUAUAUGGGCUAGAUUAGUAUAUCAAGAAGCUUUUGGGAUAAAAAAUAAAGAACUUGGUGCUGGAUGGCACGAUUUUGCUCAAAAAAUCAAAGAGAGAGUAAAACUAUUACAGAAUAAUGAAAUUUCUAUACCUCAAGUUGCUAAAUCCCAUCCAGAUAAAAAUUCAUAUGUUCUUUGUUAUAAAGAUCUUUUGGAUUCAAGGCCAUUGGAUGAGAAAAAAUAUAUUGAAGGAUGUAAAAUACUUACCUGGCUUCUUUCAAAUGGCCAUAUAGAUCGGAAAAUACAUCAUGUUGGGAUCAAAGAAUUGAAUGAUUCCCAAUAA